AUGCGCCUCUGGGCCUCUCCACGAGUAGUUGCAUGCGAUGCGUGCAGAGUCACUUGCUUGCUCCCAGAUUCCUCAAGCUAUGACGAAAUUCAACCUGUGGGUGUGGUCACGGGCGAAGCGAAUCCUUCGGCUAUUGAUGUGACCGUAUAUAUCAGCAAUGGUCAGCAAGCCUCCGAUGCAUUUACCAUUGAGAUUCACAAUUGCACCACCUUCACCGAUAACGUGCUUCCUCAGCUGACUGACGAGACCACAUGCACGCCCACCACCGUUGGAGUCGUUUAUUACAGCUAUUCCGAAUCCUUCGCCUGCAACCCCAUUGCGGGUGGAUUAAAGUGGCAGCCCGAACUGGAUACUUGUGACGUCUCCAUUCUGAAUAUCAGGCUUGGUGAUCUGUGCGAAUGGACAGACGAAGUGCACAAUUGCAGUGCGAAUUCCGCCGAAAAAUUAACCGUCGGCACGGCAGAUUUCACUACAAGAAGUGCUUUUGGAGUCCAUACCGAUGAUACGUUUGUGCUAAUAUACGAUAAGCUGUGCAACAUCCACGUCGUCAGUUGUAGUGGUCGUAGUACCAUGAUCGAUACAGACGCCCUAGCCUCUGACAGAGGAAACUGGGAAUGUGAAUAUGCAUAUGCCCAUCUAGGCUUAUGUCUCGCUAGAUCAGAGACACUGGAUGUGCUAACCAUGUGGACUGACACCACAGUUACAGAGUGUGAAGCAUCCGACGACGACUAUGGUGCUCCCACUCAGAGAUGGCUGGAUUGUGUGCCAAUCCCGGAGAAUAGUGCCGCGGAAGUAAUCGACACACCCAAUAAGAUGCCCGACUUCUAUAUCACGGUAGGUGAUGAUCGAGCUGAUACGCCUGUUCUUGACAACACAUUCAGUAUAAGUGCUCUCUUCAAGGAAUGCGACGAUGUCGCUGAGUGCCACUUCCGAGAUAAGGCAGUACAUGAGUUGAUGACCGUCAAUGACUGGCACCAUUUAGGACCCUUGCCAAACUCGACAUUGCCCCGAAGCGGUGCUGCGCAAGUGCUCAAUUCUGCCGGAGAACUGGUAGCAGUCGUCAAUGAUAAUAGCCAAGGUGACAGAACGUUCGCCUACGUGCAUCGCGCAAAUUCGUGGCAAUUACUUGGUAAUGCAGGCUUCACAAACCUAUUUUCGGCGGAGAAAUACAUUUUCAUCGCUCGACCUGGACACGAAGCAGUGCACCAAAUUUUAUAUGCGGCUCCUAGCGGUGAUAAUCCAGUCUGGACUACUAUAUGGACGGAUUUCGGUGAUUUUUUCUACACCAUUUUGGACAUUCAACCUAUCACUGACGCACGGGUCUAUUUCUUGGUCGCUCAUUGGGUGGGCGACGCAAGUCUGAUGGUGGGCGAACGGUUGCUCGAUGGCUACAAUCGUGCGGAGAGGGUUGGAACGUAUACGUUUGAAUCUGUGCAUUCUUAUGGAGACACAACCACAGCAUCUCUCUCAUUCGACGCCGCAAGCAAUCUCAUUGUUGCUUUCCACUCUGUCACGGUAGAGGUCGAGAUCCUGAGUACCCCGUCCUUUUGCGCUUAUGUUAAUAUGGAGUUUUAUGCAACUAGCGAUGAUUGUACUGCCGCGCCGCUCAAUCCCGCCAUUUCAGUGAUAGCCGUUUCCGUGAACGGUGGAUGUGUGGAGCUUCCGGGUGUGAAUCUAUGGACUGAAAUCAUUGUGGCUACGGAACAUACCGGGUACUUCGAAUUCUAUGUGGACGCAGAGUGCAUAGACCAGGCCGACUCGUAUAGUGCCACCACCAACCGAGACCCUUACAAAACUCUUUUCACCCCGGACGGAGGUGAUAUUCAGAAGUGCAUCAUGCUGAACUACGACAAGUCAAUGCUGAUCACUGAUUGUUGCAUGGGCGAGAACAGCUGUCAGGGUUAACUCUACGAUACGGG